CCGCCCUCCUGCUGGUGGGCGUGGUGGUGUUCCCGACGGGCUGGGAGGCCGGCGAGGUGCGCGAGGUGUGCGGCCCCACCGCCCGCCCCUUCAACGUGGGCGCCUGUGAGGUGCGGUGGGCGUACAUCCUGGCCAUCAUAGGCGUGCUCGAUGCCGUCGUGCUGUCCGCCCUCGCCUUCGUGCUCGCCACCAGGCACGUGCGGCUGCAGCCCGAACCCGAGCCAGUGUACGGCGGCUCAGUCUACAAGGGCCAGAUGAACCCCGGCUUCGUGAGCGACGGCGGCAGCCUGGCCGGUUCCCGCAAGUCCCUCAACCUGCAGCCGGUGAUGCUCAUGCCUCAUCCGGACCACGACCGGUUCUCCGAGUUCUCCCACCACACCGGCCGCUCCAAGGCCUCCGCCUACAGGGCCCACUACGCGUCCUCGGUGCAGAACUUCCAGCUGUGAGGAGGAGGCGGGAAGGGAAAGGAAAGG